AUGGGUCGUAAGAAGAAGAAGAUAGAGAGACCUUGGUGCUGGUAUUGCAACCGCGAAUUCGAUGACGAGAAAGUUCUGAUACAACAUCAGAAGGCAAAACAUUUCAAGUGCCACAUAUGCCAUAAAAAAUUGUUUAGCGGCCCAGGGCUCGCAAUUCACUGCAUGCAGGUGCACAAAGAAACGAUCGACAAGAUUCCGGGUGCUGUUCCCGGAAGAGAUUCUUCACAGAUGGAGAUUUAUGGUAUGCAAGGUAUACCACCAGGGACAACUAGAGGAGAUGAAGAACCUGAUGCUAAACGAGAUCGGAAAGAUGACAUGCCUCCAAUGCCCCCAGGUCCAAUGCCAUCAAUGCCUCCGAUGAUGCCUGGCAUGCCAUUUCCGCCAUUUCCGAUGAUGCCUCCUAUGAUGCCACCUGGAAUGCCUGGUGUACCUCCGUUCAUGCCUCCUCCUCCUGGCAUGGGGAUGCCACCUGUUCCUCCGUACGGAAUGCCCGCACCUCCAACAAUUGGUCCUACAAUGAUGGGAUCAUCUGGACCUGGGCCUGCUACUAAGGCUGGUCCGACAUCAACCAUACCUCCCGAGAAUACCCGCGAAGAAGUUAGAAGUGAAUAUGAUACUGACUAUCGGACUGGUGGAGAUUAUAAUAGAGGGAAUAGAGAUCAUGAGGGGUAUGACUACGAGAACGGCGAUCAUUACGGGCAAGAAGAUUACGCAAGAGGUGGUCCAGCCAAAGAUGACUAUAUAUCUCCGAGAGAAGACUUCAAAAAUGGCCCCCCACCUGCAAGGGAUGAUUAUGGUUCACGACCAGGACCGCCGUCAGAAGACUACAAUAGAGAAGAUCCAGAUAGCUAUGCUCGUGGAAGAGGUGAUUACAAUAACCGCGGAAUGCCUCCGUAUGAUAGCCGUGAUUACUCUAGAGGGAUUCCACCGCAUGGUGACGACUACGCAAGGGGGCCUGGAAGCCGCUUCGAUCGCCCUCCCGACGAUCGUUUGAUAGACAGGGGGCCAAAUGAUCCCUAUGGUGGUAGUAUGUACAAUGGAAAUGGCAUGGGCUCGAGCUCACUUAAUUCGUCUGCUGCUGCUGUAGCUAACAAACUUGGAGCAAAAACAAGAAUUAUUCACCCAGAUGAUCACCAAACAACGUCGCUGGAAGAACGUCGGGCAAUGAUGAUCAUGGGCAGGAGCCAGUUCCAUUGA